AUGGGGGAUAUCUGGUUGAGUCCUGUCUCCAUCACUGCUACAUCGAAUGAAUUGGAUUGUGGAUGUUACUCCGUUAAGAAGACCACUUGUGUCUGGAGAGCUUGUCAUUGGUCUUUGAGUCACUCGUUGGCAUUGACCAUGAAGCCCAAACGAAGGCGUCUUGUCAAUGGUAGUGUAAAAAUGGAGUCUUUUUCUUUAGCAACGCCAAGGAUGUGUCUCAGGAAUGUGAGUAGUGAAUUAGACAGAUGUGAAAAUAUGGCUUUUGGUUCGGAAUCGGAGGCUGAACAUGGAUUGGCAGAAAGAGGUAAAGACAUUAGUUUUCUUGAACAGAAACCGGAAAAUCUUUGCGAUUUCUUGGUCGAAAAUGGUUUAGAAGAGAAGCUUGCAGCAAAUAGGAAUAGGAUACAUUUUCUAGAGGAGAGGAACGAAGAGAUGUUAUCGAAGAGACUUCUGAAACUUAGCAGGUUGGAUAAAGUCAGGAGUGCUUUGGAGUUGUUUGAUUCUAUGAGAACUUUGGGUUUACAGCCCAAUGCUCAUGCCUGUAACUCUUUUCUCUCAUGCCUCUUGAGGAAUGGAAAUCUUCAGAAAGUCUUUAUCGUCUUUGAGUUCAUGAGGAAAAAGGACAACGUCACAGGGCACACGUAUAGCUUGUUGUUGAAAACUGCUGCAGAGGUUAAGGGUUGUGAUUCUGCACUAAGAAUGUUUAGAGAACUAGAAAGGGAUCCAAAACAUAAGAGUUAUUUCGAUGUGAUUCUAUAUAACACCGUGAUUUCUCUAUGUGGACGGAUAGAUAACGUGCAUGAGACGGAGAGAAUAUGGAGAGUUAUGAAAGGUGAUGGUCAAAUUGGAACAGAGAUCACAUAUUCUCUGCUUGUUAGCAUUUUUGUUCGUUGCGGAAGAAGUGAAUUGGCCCUUGAUGCGUACGGUGAAAUGAUUAACAACAAAAUAUCUCUGAGAGAGGAUGCAAUGUACGGGAUGAUAAGUGCAUGUACAAAAGAAGAAAAAUGGGAUUUGGCCCUAAAGAUUUUUCAGAGUAUGUUGAAGAAAGGGAUGAAGCCUAACCUUGUAGCGUGCAAUACUUUGAUCAAUUCGCUUGGAAAGGCGGGCAAAGUCGGAUUGGUGUUCAAGGUUUACAGUGUUGCAAAAUCUUUGGGGCAUAAACCUGACGAGUACACGUGGAAUGCGCUUCUCACGGCUUUAUACAAAGCAAACCGAUAUGCAGAUGUUCUUCAGCUAUUUGAUAUGAUAAGAAGCGAAAAUCUUUGUUGUGUGAAUGAAUAUUUGUACAAAACCGCUAUGAUGUCAUGCCAAAAGCUCGGUGCUUGGGAAAAAGCUGUGAAGCUUUUGCAUCAGAUGGAAUGUUCUGGAUUAACAGUUUCAACUUCAUCAUACAAUCUAGUGAUAAGCUCUUGCGAAAAAUCAAGGCAAUCGAAAGUUGCAUUGCAAGUAUAUGAGCACAUGGCUCAUAGGGAUUGUAUUCCAGACACGUUUACGUAUCUGUCACUUGUAAGAAGUUGCAUUUGGGGUUCUCUAUGGGACGAGGUUAAAGAUAUCCUAAAGAAAGUGGAACCCGAUGUGUCGCUUUACAACGCAGCUAUACAUGGGAUGUGUUUAAGACGCGAGUUCAAGUUUGCGAAGGAGUUGUAUGUCAAAAUGAGAGAGAUGGGUUUGGAACCGGAUGGUAAAACCCGAGCUAUGAUGCUACAGAACUUGAAGAAACACUAA